AUGUCGACAUCAUCCUCACCUUUUCCUGAAAAUAGAUCAAAUGCAAGUGUGGUGUUAAGUGAAACAUCGUCCAAUAAGCAAUAUAUUGCUAAAUUGGAGUUCCAACUACAGUCAGCCCAAAUGGAAAAACGAAUUCUUCAAGAAGAAAAAGAACAAAUCAAUGAUAAUUAUACUAAAUUAAUUAAAGAAAAGAAUCUGCAAAUUGAGAAUUUAAAAUUGAAUUUUAAAUUUGUUUAUGAUGAAAAAACUGAAUUAGAAUCUAAAUUAAACAAUCAAGAACAAACUUCAUCAAGUAAAAAUUCACAAUUACAAAAAGAUUUAGAUUCUACAAAACAACGACUUUUCAAAGUACAGCAGGAUUAUAAUAGUCUAGUUAGUAAAUUUAAUAGUCAAAAAUCUGAAAAACAAAAAUUGGAAUAUGAUUUAAAAUCAAGUAGGUCAAUUAAUGAACAAUUGGAGAAACAAUUGAAAAUUAAAGAGGAACAAAAUAAAAGUUUACAAAAAGCUACAGAUGAUGCAAUGAAUGAAUUGAAUGAAUAUGCUAAACUUUUGAAAUCAGAUAAACCAGAUCAUAAUAAAAGUUUGGCCUAUCAAAAUUUGAUGACUAGAAAUACUAAUUUACAGAAUUUGAAUUUCCAAUUACAAGGUAAAAUUGAUGCAUUGUUACAGAAUAAGACUUCUAUUGAAUUAUUGAAGCAACAAAACCAAACAUUGACAAGUAAGAUUCAAAGCUUACAAGAUACAGAAUCUAAAUACUUACAAUUAGAAAUUGAAAAAUUACAAGCAGAAAGAAAAUACAAUGAUUUGUUUAAAUCCUUAGAUGAAGCUAUUGCAACAACAACAACAACAACUGAUGAGAACAUGAAUAAAGAUGAUAUUACAAAUACCAUCAAAAUUAAAAAGUUUGUUGAAUAUUGUGAUCAAUUGCAGGCUAAGAACUUGACAUUACAAGAGAAAUACGAUUCAAAAGUUUUACAAGUUAAAGAGUUGACAAAAGAGUUGGAAGAUUCUGCAAGAGAAAUUGAAAAUGAAUACCUUCCAACCAUCACCGAUUUACAAUCUAAAUUGAAAGCAAAUUCUAGUGAAAUAGUUAAAUUGGAAAGAACUAAAGCAUUAAGAGAAAAAGAGAUUGAAUUCUUGAGAAAUCUGUUAAAAAAUAUGGAAGAAAUCAACAAUAGGAAACAAUCAGAAGAAAAGCCACCUGGAGAAGACAAGGCUAUUUUGCAAUAUAUGACCAAUCUUGAGAAAUUGGUUGAUGAAUACAAGACCAAAAUUGAAGAUUUAGAAAAGAAAACAAAACCAUUAGUUCAUAAUGAUAAUGGCAAUAGUACACCUCGAAAACGUCAACGUACUGAAGAAUCCAAUUCAUUUAUGAAACAAGUAACUGAUUUAGAUAAAAGCAAUAUUGAACUUUCUAGUAAACUUAAGCAAGCCGAAGUGAUAAUUAAAGAAUUAAAGUCUAAGAUUUCCGAUUUGGAAAAAGUUGAAAGUAAACAAGAAGAGUAUAGAAUCUUGCAAUUGAAAAAUAAUUUGAUUCAUCAAGAUCAAUUUAUCAAGAAAUCAACAUUAGAUGCAUUACGUCAUGAAAAUGAAGAAUUAAUCAACAAAUAUGUCAAACAUUUGGAUCCAAAAGAACUCAUUCCAAGAUCAAUUUUCCAACGUCAAGAAGAUGAUAAGGAUAAAUUACAAUUACAAAUUAAUCAACUCAACAAAAGAAUGAACCGAUUACGAGAUGCAUUUACUAAAAAAAGUAAAGAUAUAAUUACUGUAAUUGCAAAAUAUUUUGGAUUUAUUAUUGAAUUCUUACCAAAUCCAAUAAAUCCAAAUGACUUGUUCUCGAGAAUUAAAUUGAGAUCAAGAUACAUUCCAACAGAAGAAGAUUGUUAUUUAAUUAUAGAUGUUGAAAAUAGAGGAUUAAAAGCACAUGGUAAUUAUCAAUUCAAAUCAUUAUGUGAAGAUUUAGCUAAAUAUUGGGUCGAUGAGAAUAAUCAAUUUCCAUGUUUACUAAGUGCUGUAAAUUUAAAACUAUACGAAAUAUAUUCUAAAUAG